AUGGGAGAGUAUGAACAGGUGACAUCCUUGGAUACCAAGAGUUUCAAGGUCAAAGCCAAGUCCAACACAAUGACACCCGAAGCCCAGAAGCAACUGCGAUCCGAACUGGAGUCACUCAAGAGCCAGCUACAGGCUCAGACCAAGGCUUUCGAGUUCCUGAACCACUCGGUGACCAUGUUGGAGAAGGAAAGCUGCCUACAGCAAAUCAAGAUCCAACAGCUUGAAGAGGUGCUGAGCCCUGCGGGCUGCCAGGCACAAAAGGAGCUGAACAAAUGGGACCUGGAGCAGGGCCGGCAGGAGCUAUAUGGCGCCCUGGCCCAAGGCCUGCAGGGACUGCAGAAGACCCUGAAAGACAAUGAGGAGGUGCAGCAGGCCCGGACCAACCGCUGCCUGCAACUGCUGGCCCAGGAGAUCCAGAACAGUAAGAAGUUCCUGUGGGAAGAGCUGGAGCUGGUACGAGAGGAAGUGAUCUUAAUCUACCAGAAGCUCCAGACUCAGGAGGAGGAGAUCACAGAGAACCUGGCGAACAUCAAGAAGAUGCAGAAGAUGCAGGUGAAGUGUCGUAAGGUUCUGACCAAGAUGAAGCAACAGGGGCUUGAGGCCUGCAUGGAAUCUGAAGGGACGCCCAGAGGCAGCAGCUCCUGGAAGGAUGACCUCCACAAGGAGCUGAGUGACAUAUGGUGA